AUGGGUGACUACCCGAAAGCACUUGAAUUUUACGAAAAAGAUCUCGAAAUCACGAAAAAAGCUCUGCCUCCGAAUCAUCCCGAGUUGGCUACUUCCUACAACAACAUCGGUCAAGUGUAUGACAACAUGGGUGACUACUCGAAAGCACUUGAAUUUCACGAAAAAGCACUUAAAAUUAAAGAAAAAGCUCUGCCUCCGAAUCAUCCCUCAUUGGCUACUUCCUACAAUAACAUUGGUAUGGCGUAUUUCGGCAAAGGAGACUACUCAAAAGCACUCUCAUUCUUAGAAAAGGCACUUCUUAUCAAACAAAAGUCGCUUCCACCAGGACAUCCUUCAAUUAAAGCAACGAAAGAUACCAUUGAUCAUGUUAAAAAGAAAAUGUAA